UUUUAAAAAUGAUCGAGACAAAUAAUAAUAACAAUAACAACAAAAUUUUGAAACGAUCGUUAUGUCCACUACGUGUCCAAUAAUGAAAUUACCCAAAUAAAAUGCAAGACAGUAAAAAAUCUUCAAACAAAUUGACGAACGAGACCUUCUGACGAAGCUAAAACAAACCGACGCUGCCGCGUUCCCUCGAUUCGCUGGACACAAAAUGACGUCCGAUAUGCAUCAUUGCUCUCGGGUUCUGCACUUGGUUUAUAAUCACUUUGAUGAAUAUCUGUUUUGACACGUGACCACUGUGAUCGCGAUGCGUAACGAGCGGUUUUUAGUUUUCAAAACAAUUCACUUUUUCCAAGGCGUUUGGAGUUCAGCAACAGCAAAUUGUUUUAUUUAACUGCAUUCACUGUAAUAGUCUAGUUUCUAGUAUAUGGCAGUAUGAAUAUUGAACCAGUAUUACUCUAGUUCAUUUUGAUAAUUCAGUGUUUAAAAUGUUCAACAUUGUAAAGUCUAAAAGUGUUUUUCAGUUUAUUUAAAAUACGCUACAGAAAUCUGGAAAUACCGCAAUAUAGCAUUAAUAUCUUCCAAUAGCGUACAGCAAUACUUUGCGCUGCGAAUUCUAUGAUAACUCAUGGAUAACUGGAACCGGCUGUGGGAUACCGUAACUGGAUAAAGAAAAUUGAAUAUUGCAAUGUCUUCACAAGCUAAUGCACCACAAGGACUUGAUCUACUGUUUCAAAAACUUGGACAUAACUUGGUUGAAAUUCGCACCAGAGCUCUGAGUAGUAUUUUGUCUAAAUUAGAACAUGGAGUAAUACAUGAUGCUGAUCUGGUACAAGAAAGGCAGCUCUUUAUUAGAUUAUUGGAAUGGUUUAAUUUUAACCAGUCACCAAUGAGGGAUGAAGUGUUCAAACUUAUUUUGAGGCUUUCUAACUAUACAUCUGCAUGUGAACUGAUGGUUUCUCUUGGUGCUGUGAUGUUUUUCACCGAUCUCAGAAAAGAUUUAUCCGGGCCCAUUAAGACACAACUUGAUUCUGUUUUGGAUAGAUUGUUUCAUGUAACUGAUGCAAUCAUGAGUGAUAGCAGAUGUACUUAUCAACGCAUAGAGGAAGACAAAAUGUUUUCUGAAACUCCUGCAAUUGUUGAGGACACAUCAUCGCAUGUUGGGUCAGGAUAUUUUCAGGAUGAUGGCAGUGAUACUGUACAAGCAGCUCCAGCACCUGCAAUGAAUUACCCUGGAGAUGAAGACAAAUAUCCUUUCAUAACAUUUUCAGGGUUUCCAUGGCAUUUUUUGACAGCGACUGACAGACAUGUCCUUUCAUCUACUAGCACAUCUCUCUGUUCAUCAAAUGUCUCUCUUGUUCAGAAUGCAUGUUCUUUUCUCCUUGAUGUUGUAUUCCGCGACUUUCCUGCUGAAAUAUUUUUACAAAGACCUACAAUUCUAGUCACUUUACUCACAUUGUUAAAGUCUAGGCCGAGUGCAGUUUUAAUGUCAACAACUUGUGAUUGCCUUUCUUUCAUCGCAAGAAAUCUUGUUUCUAGAAUAUUAUAUUAUGAAGAUCCUGAUUUAUAUUGUCCAAGACAGGGUCUUCCAUUGAGAAGGGGAGCAAUGUUUGAUUCGAGCAACAUAGCUCAGAAUGGACAUACAGGGGGGCGAUCUGAAGCAGAAGGCGAGCGACAGGAGAGACGAGGAGGUGAUGGAAGAGAUGAAAAUUCCUUGUCGUCAUUGUCAUCUGCUUUUAGUAAUAGUAUUCAAGAUCUGCAAAGAAAUGAUCCAACAUUUGCUAAUAAAGAUGAUGAGUCACUUGAAGAUGACCACACUAUCACACUCCAACUUGCACAAAUCUCAACUCAACAAUUUUGUAUUUCUACAUUUCAGAGUGUUUUGCCACUGUUACUCAUAGAAGAUGCUUCUCUGUUUUUCAAAUUAUACGAAGUAGCAAUGCAUUGUGUAAAUGUUUUGGAACAAAUUCUGGAUGCAGACUGCUUUUGGAGUUCAAAUGACGAUUCUACAAAAAGUAUGAAGACUGAAAUCGAAUCCUUAUGUGAAUCUAUUGGUCGUGCAGUGCUACAUCAUUACCACCUUCACAGCAAGCAACAUCUCUACACAAAUUCGGCUACAGCACAACCAGAAAUUUCUGGUGACAUAACUGAGGAAUGGACGCUGAAAUUUGAAUCAAAUCAUGAAUCUGUUUAUCACAGAGUUGCAUUUCAUGCCUGUUCCAGCUUGGCUUUAAAGUUUUUGAAAAUUGUCGUACCUGUUGAAAAGUCAAAUUUAUGUAUAAAGGAUGUGAUGGUUACAGCUCUUUAUGUGAUCGCUUGCGACGAACCCCUGAGAAGUUCAUAUCGUGAAAUCUGCACAGUGGCAGAAACAUAUUUGGAACAAUGCGAUGAAGAAAAGAAUAAAGUCUUGAGAGACAUCCAACAAGUUGUACAGUCUAUCUAUCACAUGCAUCAGUUUCUCGAUGAAUGCAAAUCAGAAGAUAAAGAUCUGAAGCUUCAAUUGGAACUUGCUGAAAAUGCUCUGAUUUGUUUGCCUUACUAUAGUGUCAAAGGAUUCAUCCCUUUUAUUGCUGAGCUAAUAGCUGAAAUAUGUAACAGUGAAUCGAAAAACGGAUUUAAUGAGACAACAAGGAAAAUACUUUUACAGCUACUUGCACAUCCUGUAACUCGUAUAAGAAGUAACAUGUAUGAAUCUUGUCUUCAUAUUGUCAAAUCUAAUCUUAAUGUAACCAUUGCAGCUGAAAAUCCGACUGGGAGCAUAAAUUAUAUUUGUAAUUUUCUCAUGUCCACUUCAGUUUUGUAUGAAAUUAUGCUGCAUGGCGUGAGUGAUUCAUCUGCUCUAGUUAGUACACCGGCUCAAGAUUUAGUUCUGCAUUUAUUGCAAAGUAAACUGCUCAUGAAAGAUGAUUUGUGGAUAUCGUUCAAAACAGCACUCAAUCCUGUGAUGCCAGUGUUGCAAGCAUUUACAGGCGAAACUGAACUUCUGAGAGAUGCGGUAUUCGACUUUAUAUCUACCAACUAUAAUUUUCAUGACAAGUUGAAAUGUCUUUUACGUUGCCUUUUCAUUAAGCAAAGAGCAGUUCGUAGUAUCGCAGGUGGCAUUUUGUCAAAAGCACUUGUUUCACAUGAGAGAUCGCUAUCUUCUGAUGAAAAAUUUAAAGAGCAAUCACGUCUUCUGCAACUUUUACAACGCUCAUCCAAUAUUGUUGGUUUGACAGAUCUUCUUGUAUCGGAUAAACCAAUUCCUUUAACCUUUGCAUCAACUACUAGAUUGCUCAACACAGGCUUGUUUCAUGAGGAUUCAGUUGUUAGAAUGUUGAGUAUAUUUCGAUCACGUAGCGUCGAUUGGCCAGUAAGACGAUCUGCUUUGCAACAGCUUUCUGUGGUCUUAACCAAUCGUGAUGUUCAUGAUAUAUUUUUGAAAAGUGAUGGCUUGGUGACAAUAAAAUCUCAUCUCUUGGAACUUGUUACAGACAAUUCUAUUUUGACAGAAGUUGAAAAAUCUGAAGCGGAUGCUUGCGUUUCCAUAUUGAAAUCCAUAUCUCGAUGGAACCCAGAUGUCAGACAUGCUUUGUCUAAUGAAACUACAACAAUAUUAGCGUUACUGAGAAUGACUGAUUUGUGUCGUCUUUCUUCUGUAUCUGUAAGCCAAGUAGCUAGUCUCAUUACUUUACUUUUAUUCCAUGAUGUUAUUAAAAAGCACGAGUGUGAUAAUAAAGAAACUUCAGAAGAUAUCAGUCUUCCUGCUGGGGUAAUGUCAUACUAUCAGAUUCCUUUUUUAUGUCCAACUCAUCAUGUAAUAAGCGUCCAUCGUACUCUUACAUCUCCUCCGAAACAUUGUGAUCCACUUUUGACUGGACCAGCUGCGUUUUCAAUUAGAAUUGCUACUAUAUUGGCUCAAAAUGACAAAGAUGUUACAAGUGCAGUAAAAUCAUUAUUAGAUCGUACCAGUCAAUUUGUUGACGAUAAACUUAAACCAGGUGAACGGAAUCAGUUGGCAAAAGCCCAGGUCGAUAUGGUGAGCUUAACUUACUCUGAUGCAAAUACAGCUCUGAAUGCAACUGUUUCAUCGAUUUCAAAUGCAACCUCCCAUGUGGCUGUUCACCAUGCUGUUUCUUUGAUGCGAAUUUUACUGAAAUCAUGUCCUUUAUCAUUUUCCUCCAUAAUGUUUGCAAAUAAUAAUUGGAGAAAUGCUUUAGACAGAUUUCUAUGCGUUCUACCCUCGAGUGUCAAGGAUGAGAAAUUACUUUUAGAAAUCAUAAGUCUUAUGGAUGAUUUGCUGAAUUGUGAAGAAACUAUGAAUUUUGAUGGUGAUCGAUUUUCAAAGGAGUACAAGAAAAUUGAGGAAACACUGUUGUGGUAUUUAAAGAUGAAUGUACCUGAUGAACAACAGCAAAGUGUCUCAACAGAAAUGCCAUUAUUAUCAUUACUUAAAUCUUCAGAACCACAAAGCCAGCAAUCGCUUGAUGGCAUCUCAUCUGUAACUGUGAGAAGACAGUUGUGCAAAGCAAUAUUAUCAAUGCUAAGUCGUAUAUCUCGAAAAACUUUCCUGAUCUCCAACAAAAAAUUAUUUCGAACAUUUCAGGCCGCUUUAUGUCAUAUAUUGUUGAUUCGAUUAAAGCUUGCUGAUGCACCUCAAUUUUACGAUUUGCCAUCCAUGGAAGUUACAUUGGAAUGUCUUGUACACAAUACUGCAUUUUCUGGUUGGACAACAGCUGAUGUUCUGCAGUGGUAUCCCAAUCAAAGGCAUGUUUCUUUACCAAGAGAUGGAACAAUACUUUGCAGGCAACUCAUAAGUACACUUCUUGAAGUUGUCUCUGCUUUUCAUAUAGAAAGCCGAGGUAGUAGUAUGUCGUACAUGGGUAAAGGAGUCAGUAGGUCUGCAACUCAGAGCAUAGUACAUCUUGUUUAUGAAAUGGCUCAUGUGAUUCAAAAGUCUGAUCCUAAUAGUCAAGUACAUGAAUGGUUGAAUCUGUCAAAUCUGGGGUCUGCAGAUGAUAUGGCAGCAAAUCAAGUUGGAAUUCAUAAGGCAGCUUAUGACUGGAUGUUGCCUUUGUGGUCUGCUCGUGACCCAAGAAUACGAUUUUCUGGAUUGGCAUUAGCAGUUGCAUUAUCUAGCUCUGUACAAGGUUGUUUAUUACUAGAAAAAAGUUUUCAGAAAUAUCCUGGUGGGAUUUGGAGCACAUCAUUCGCUAUAUUAUUUGAUGAUACCGAGUGCAGUGUUAUUCGUUCACAAGCUGCAACAUUGAUCUCCAACAUGAUAUCACAUGAUUUUGAAUCGGGCUCAGUAUCAGAAGAUAUUUGGAGAGGACCAGUUGUAAUGGAUGAAGAACGUCUAGUAAGCAGUAGUGGUAUUCCAGCCCUCAUUACAAUGCUACAUCAGUUGAAAUUUUCGAGGCAUAUCAUCACUACUUUAUCACGAUAUCAUUCAAGCUACUCAAUUCAACCUGUCACCAUAUUUUAUUCUCCAUUCGAUUCGUCAACUACAUAUUCAACGUCAACAAAGAAUUCUGUAAUAUCUGCACCUGAAUCUGUUACGGGAUUAGAAAAUUCUUCGGUACAUCAGCACACUCAAUCCCCAAGAUCCAACACAGAUGUUCAUAAUUUACCAACUAAUGCAAGGAAUAUUUCUACUGAUAGACGGUUUGGGAUAAGCCCCAUUUCUGCUUUUAACGUUGAUCUUGAUGGUGUUAGUAUGGAAUCUUAUGCAUCAGCUUUUCCAUCUGAAUGGUUGUCUGUAUGUACACCUAAACUGGUUGCAAACAUAUGCUCUCUCUUGGAAAAUUUGAUUAAUCUUUCUCCACAUGAAAUGGCUUUUAUUUUAAAACAAGAUGGGGUAAUGGAGUCUAUUGGGAAUUUGGUUGAUGUCCCUGUUUUGAUAUCCUACUUACAAGAAUGUGAAUCAGUAAGGCAAAGUCAGUCGACCAUUUCACAGAGGUUGAAAAUAACAACAAGGUCGAUAAUAGCUCAGUAUACGGAAAGUUUCAGAGUGUUGCAUUCCUAUGUCGCUUGUGAUAAGGGUAUUGCUUAUUCUAUAUUGAAAGACACUGAAUUACCGACAAAUGCUUUACAUCUUAUCAAUAUACCAGUGACGUUUGAACACAUCUGGCAACUACAAGAAAGUGCAAUGAACUUCUUGAGUUGUAUUAUUCAACAGAACAUUUCUCGUGCUACUGAUAUUGUUAGAAAUAUAUUGGUAGUUGAAUGGACGUCUCUUUCCAAAUCAGUGCGGAAUAUUUUGUCUGAAAGACAACAUGAAUCAUUGAUAUUAGCUACUGUAACUAUGCUGGGCAACAUCUUGAAUUGUAUUUCUUCAUCUAGAAAUCAGAACAAAUUAUCUCUUUUUGAUAUAUUUGAUCGUGAAGAUGCUGAAGACGAAAUUCCUGCUAUUACUUCAAUAUUAAUUGAAAUUUUUGAAACAUACAGUUUAAAAUCAGAAGUGAAAAGCAUUAAAAUGAUGUCGGGAUGUGCAGUUGCAUUACAGACUUUGUUCUUGGUAUCACCAAUUGCAAGAAUCACCGCAUGUGAAGUUGGAUUCCUUCAAAGUCUUAUGGAAGAAAUCAAACAUUUACAUGCAAAAAUUGAAAUGUGUACAACAGGUAGUACAUCUGGAAUAGGACUAAAGUUAAUUUCAAAAGUCAGCAUUUCUGCACACUCACAAGAGAACGAACAAUUCAUGAAAAAGAUAAUCAUACAUUUGCAUAUUCUAUGUGACCUGAUGUGCGGUAAUGAAAAAAUUAAAAAUUCUGCUUGUGAAUCUAGCAUGGGGCUUUUAGUAUCGAAAAUCUGGAACUGGACACCUGUGUACAACAAAUUAAAAACUUCAGUUCUAAAAUUAUUGUUAUGUUAUACAGCAGGUUGUGAGAAAGCUUGUACGAGUCUAUCAACUUCAUCAAUUGGACUACAGCCGCUAUUGAAUCAUAUUAUCAGUGAAGCACAAGAAUUCAAUUCUAAAAUACUGAAAGGGAAAAAAGUCCAGACUUCCCAUUUUCAAUCAACAUUUCAUCUCAUAUUUAAUAUUUCUAUCUCUCAGGAGUGUAGGUCACUCUUAUGGAAAUCAGGUUUUCUUAAUGAUUUUCUGCCUGCUGCAGAUAGAGGACAACAUCCUAAGAGAACAAAACUUCAAGGAUCUGCCCUUAUUUUUUGGUUGAAAUUAAUGCAUUCUGUCUCUUUUCACACUGAUGGACAAUUAAAUAUUCUAAAGAUUCCUGACAUUAUUGAGGUUCUUGAUGGCAUAACUUCAUUGUCUAAAAUCCACACUCAAAUUGUGAUGAAUAUUUUACGCAACUUGUGUUUCCAUAAUCCUAGCAAAGCAAGAAUCAGUUCUAACAAAACAGCUGUUAAAAUGUUACUAAACCACCUCUCAAGCAAAUCACAUCAACAAACCACAUUAUCAGCAUUGUGGGCUCUCUUGUCAAACAGUCAGAAAUCCAAAGUUCACCUUAAAGUUGCCGGACUCACUUCCAAAGCUCAGAAUGCUUUGAUUUCAUUGAAUCAAAAUAUGGAGCAACAGAAGGAUAAUGAAGCAAGAUCCUCUCUAAUGGCAAUCCUUGAAAUCAUGAAUAUCUAAAAUUUAUAACAAGUUCUUAAGACAUAUUUUUGUACUCUUGUUGAACGGUCGAUAAAAUAGCAUUAAAUCAAAGCAGUAAAUUUUGACAGAAGACUUCAUGUUUUACCAUUCAAAUACCAUUAUUACACCUAGUAUGGCCUGGAUAAAUAUUGUAAAAAAAAUGAAAAUUUUAUGUUCGUAUACAGCAGGUAUUAUUGUUUAUUUGUUGAGCUCGGCCAUGUAUGGAAUAUGGCUCUCACUCAACUAAAUUCACAAAAAUGAUUGAAAUCGUUCGUGUUACAAAACCUGAUUUGUUUAUUGAAGAUUUUGUCAAAAUCGUGCUGAUUUAUAAAAAUUUGAGUAUCGGAUGCAAAUAUGUAUAACCCAAGUAUAUGUAGAAGCCCAUGCAAGUUCAGUGAUAAUCUGAUUCAGUUCCUUGUGAAUUUAUUUGUUCUUUUUUGGUUGUGUUUGAAUCGUAGAUAUAUUUAAUAACCUUAGAUUUUGGGCUACUUUGAAUGUAUGUUCUUUAUUUAUUCAGUGUCUUGUUAUAUUCUUUGCUCUAAAUACUGAUGUAGGACAUGUAUUUCUUUGUCUUUUGGUGAAUUGAACGUAUUGUUUCUCAGCGAUCACCCACCGUUUAUCUUUGUUAUUAAAGUGACUGUUUUAUUAUUUUGAAGAUGAGUUCCCAUAUCUAUAUUUUUAUAAACCAUAUUUUCGUAAUUUGUUUGAAAUAGAAUUGGGGAUUUUUAUGAGAUUUGAUGGGGAAAUUAUAUCCACAUAUCCUGAAUUUUGACCUUGACCACAGCGUAUUAUUUGAGAUUGAAUGUGGAAUUAUCAAACGUCAUUUCUGAUGCAUUAUUACUUGAACCAGUGGUCGGCAAGCGUGGGCCGAAUACGGCUCCAUUAUAUUUAAAAUUUGUGACCUCAAUAACCUGCUCUUUAAUAUAAUAUCUGCUAUCACGUGUA